AUAUCUCAUUAAAUAUAACAGCUCCAUGUAACAUGUUUCUAUUUUGUAUAAUUUCCAUAAUGCACAGGUGCCUCGCAAUCAUCACCAUGCUCCGUAACAUCUGAGGACACUGUCAUUCUAAACUUCUCGAUGUGUGACGAUGAAGAAGCAUCUCCUGUUGGAGCAAGUCAACCCAAAAAGCCAUGUCGUAUGAACUAUGAAGCAAAAGCGUUGAUUGGAAAAAUCCUAACAUCAAGGCCUGGUGGUGAACACAUCAUGCAAGAGUAUGGAAAAACCAAAUCUUUGACAGAUGCCACUAGAAGACAGAUGAUUAACAUACUUGCUGCUGAGAUGACAGAAACACAUGGGACAUCGCCCCCCAAAAAUGUCAGAGUGAUGUAUGCACAGGGGAUAGUUGCUUUGUUUCCCUAUCUGGAAGACCCAUUUUCACAACAUGGAUAUGAACAUUACUACGAUCCAGAGAGUGGAUCUGGAUACCUUGCAUGGCGAUUGAAGACCAUUCAAAGAAAAAGUUCAGAGGAAAGAGGUGGCUCAGUUAGCAGAUCUCCCAAAGUUGGUGGGCCAAGCCAUGGUCGACAACCCUUCAUAAGUGACAAAGUGCAAUCUGAUGAUGAUGUGGAAGCAGCAAUUGCAGUUUUGAGACACUCUGCUGAUGAAGACACUAUCCGUGAGAAGAUGAAAACGACCUUCAUUUAUCGCCAAGCAAUGGUCAAUGAUGAAAGCAAAGCAGCAGAUGUCUUCUUGGUCUUUCCACGGUUUCUGGACACACCAGGACUGAUAGAACAAGAUUUCAGACUCCUGUUUGGUGAGGCCACAGCCAACAAAUUUUUGGAGAGGUGGCCAACCACUUUCAGAGCAAGAGUCAUAAAAGAAAGCCAUGGACUGGUGCCUACCACAGAGCUCUUGGAUUUAAUGCGCAAUGCUGAGUCAACCGCUGAAGUUGAGAAUGGGUGGGAUAGUGACAUGUCUGCGAUUUUGCUGCUGCUACAUCUGCUACCACCAUCUGCGCAAGGUCGAAAAAGGCCAGGAAAGAUAUCUGCAUCUCAAGCUGUAGAUCACCUCAUCAGAUUUCAAAAGGCUGGAACCAGCGUGCAACAACAUCUGGACAACAUCACCCAAAGCAGUCAGCCCUAUCUUCUUGCGCAGGGAUCCACCAGAAGCAGCAUUCACUCAUACUUCAUUGUGAUCGACAAGCACGCACUUCCAUGCAAGGCAACGGGGUCAGUGGGAGCCUUUGAUGAACUCAUUAAAGCCCAUUACGUCUUUGGUACGUCAUACAGUUCUUCCCUGAGCAGCUUUUUCACUUUUGUGCAAACGACCAUCUACAAUAUUGACAUUGGCGAAACAAAGGAAACUCCCAGGAUUGCAGAGUUGCGAGCAAGAAUGUUGCAUUGAGUGAAUAACUUUUCAGAUCGAACCAUGAGGUGUUUUCUUUGCAAAAGUGACCAUGGAAGUCCAAACGGCCUUGUUAAGCACCUCAAGGUCAUUCAUGGUCUUUGUGCAGGCAGGACUCUUUAUCUUAAAUGUGGCCAAGUGGGAUGCUCACAUUCUUUUGGUAGCUUCUCUGGUUUUAGAAAACAUCUUAACAAGUGGCAUGUAAGCAGUUCUUUUGAGUCUGUUGAAGAUGAUUUUUCACAUCCCUCAAGCAUGCUAAACACAAGUAAUGCCACUCAUGUUGAAGUUUUAGCUGAAUACGAGUCAGAGACUGAAUCUGAGUUACCUUCGCCAGACCUUGUAAAUAGUUGUGCAGCUGUAAUUUCUGAUCUAAAGGCAGCAGGUGUAGGGCAAAGUACAGUGAAUUCUGUAGUGAUUUCCAUGGAAGAGCUAGUUCAAGAUAUCCAUCAGCAUGCAAAAGAAACAGUCAUUAAGACUGUAUUUAGUGAUGAAAGAGAAACUGAAAUGUGCAAGAAAGUUGUGGCAUGUUUUCAAGAGUUAGAGAACCCUUUCACAAUUCUAAAUUCGGAAUACAAAAGAUCAAAUUUUUUUACAAGCAAAUGGGAAACUGUAGAACCAGUUGAAUGUGUAGUUGGCUCGAGAUUUGAUACAAGGCGAAAUAAAAAGACUGGAACAUAUGAUCAGGUAGUAGUUCAAGAUACAUUUAUGUAUAUUCCAAUUUUAUCUACAUUGCAGUCAAUAUUUAAAAGUCAGUAUGCUGCAGAAAUGUUGAAAAGGCCAGCUACUGACAAUUCAAGACUCAGAGAUAUUUGUGAUGGAUCUUUCUUUAAGAGUCACCCUCUGUUUUCAACUGAAAAACACGCUGUACAGAUCCAAAUGUUCUAUGAUGACUUUGAGGUUGCAAACCCGCUGGGUUCCAAGAAAGGUAUUCAUAAAUUGGGUGCAAUAUAUUUUACUUUAAGAAACUUUUCUCCAAAAUGGAAUUCUUUUUUGUCUAACAUACAUCUGUGUGCCUUAUUUCAUGCACAAGACCUCAAACGGUAUGGUUUUAUUGAAAUUCUUGCUCCCGUUGUUCGAGACAUUAAAGUGUUGGAAAGUGAUGGUAUUGACAUUCCAUUAUACAGUGGUCGUGUACGUGGCAGUGUGGUACAGGUUACUGGUGAUAAUUUGGGUUUACAUGGCUUGUUUGGUCUGGUGGAGUCUUUCAGUGCAAGGUACUGCUGCAGGUUUUGUUUAGCUGAAAAAGAUGACUUUCAAACGGAAUUCUCUGAAGAUUCCUCCAAAAUAGUGUUACGCACCAAGGACAUGCACACUGCUCACUGUCAAGAAAUAGCUUGCAAUCCAUCUCUUCCUUACGUUUUUGGUGUGAAGAGAACAUGCUUACUAAAUUCACUGAAGUAUUUUCACACAACUGAGAACUUCUCAGUUGAUGUGAUGCAUGAUUUGUUAGAAGGGGUGGCCCAGUACGAAUUGAAGUGUCUGUUUGUGUAUUUAAAAGAAAAACAUGUUACAUUAGAGGAACUUAAUUCAAGAAUACAAAGUUUUGAUUAUGGAUUCAUGGAGAGAAACAAUAGACCAGUGGCAGUCAAUUUAAAAGAAGGGUCUAAUGAUCUGGGACUGAAUGCAAUUCAGUCGUGGUGCUUACUGAGGAAUGUUCCUCUUAUCUUUGGAGAUUUGGUCACUUCUACUGAUCAACACUGGGCCCUGCUUCUUUUAUUACUUCAGAUAGUAAACAUUGUAUUCUCUCCCUUGCUUUCUCAAGGUUUAUGUGUAUAUUUAAAACAUUUGAUUGUUGAACACCACAAACUGUUUAAGAAGUUGUAUCCCCAGAAAAGACUUUUACCAAAGCACCAUUUUCUUAUCCAUUAUCCCCGCUGCAUCCAGAAAAUUGGACCUGUACUUCAUAGUUGGUGCAUGCGGUAUGAAGGAAAGCAUAAUUAUUUCAAAAAACAGCUCAAGUCAUUCAAAAAUAUUACUAAAACACUGGCAAAAAAACAUCAGAAUCAUAUGGCAUAUAGUUGGCGAUCUUCAGCAACUUUCACACGAUUAGACAUUGGUCCAGGAAAAAUGGUGUCUUUAAAUAUGGUAAAAGGGGGUUCUGCGAUUGUUCAUGCAAUGCAAGUACCUAGUUGCAUUCAGGUUAUGAAAGUGAACUGGGCUAAACAGACUGGGUUUUUUUACCGCCCACUCAUGGUUAUUUGUGGCAAAGUUGAAUGUGAAAUUCCUCUGUUUUACCAGAUUGAGUCUGUUCUGAUUAUAAAUGAAAAACUGUUGUUGCUCACUUUGCCUUUAUUUACAGUAGCUUUUCAAGAACAUUUCCAUGCAUAUGAAGUGGCAAGGUCAAAG